AUGCAUUGCGCGGUAUCCGGUGAGCAUGCUCUGUACUUGUGGGACAAGGAGACAACCGACAAGAACCUGGAAGCAGCUGGCCUGUCCCCAAAGGGAAUGACGGGCAGGCAGCUGAUGAGAGACUUCACCGAGAAAUGGGAUGAUCACAAGCAGGUCGAGGAUCUGUGUACGAGCGAGGCCGUAAUGUUCAUGAAGGCAAUGGCAGAGGUCUUCCCUGACGAGCUUGUCGCAGAGUGA